AGAAGCGGCGAUACGACCAACAUGGCCCCCGCAGCUCGGCCCAGCGUUACCGGACCCGGUUCAGAGGACGAUGAGUCCUACUACGGGGUUCAGAGGGCGGACAGAAAGACCAGGAAACCUCUGGUGGAGAAGAAGAGGAGGGCUCGCAUCAACGACAGUUUGCAGGAGCUGCGGACCCUCCUGGCGGACACAGACUUUCACUCCAAGAUGGAGAACGCAGAGGUGCUGGAGAUGACGGUGAAGAAGGUGGAGGACAUUCUGAAGAACCGGAGCCAAGAAACAGACACGCUGAACAGAGAAGCCAGCGAGAGGUUUGCAGCCGGCUACAUCCAGUGCAUGCACGAGGUCCACAUGUUCGUGUCCAGCUGUCCGGGGAUAGAUUCCACCGUGGCGGCGGAGCUCCUCAACCACCUGCUGGAGUGUAUGCCACUGAACGAGGACCACCUCCAGGACGUGCUGAUGGAUCUGAUCACUGACAUGUCUGGGAGUAACGGCAGCACUUGGCACGGAGGCAACGAGUCGCUCUGCACGUCUCUUGAUUCGCCCGGAGGAAGGAGCAUGUCCAGCAGCUCGUCCGACGCCCUCUCUCCAGCCCCCUCCACCACCUCCAGCGAGGACCUGUGCUCCGACCUGGACGAGACCGACAGCGAGCACAACCAGAGCUCCACAGAGGCCUCGGAGAACAGGGAGGCCCUGAGCAUCCACACGGUGGCCUACCCUCGGUCCAUGUGGAGACCCUGGUAGGGUCUGGAUUUGGACGCGGUGUAAAUGGAGAUGUAUAAAAGAUCCUUUUCGUCUUGUUUGUGGACUUUUUAAAACUCCGAGACACUGGGCAAAGAAAAAUUCCAACCUUUGACACAGGAACAUUUCAAACACAUUCACCCCUGCAGAUGUUGUGGCCACAUGCACAGAUAUUUUUGAGGGAUUUCCAACAUUACAACAUGCAGUGACCAUUGUGUGUACGGUUAUAGGACAAACAACAUCCUCAGAAGAAGAAAACUCAGCUGCGCUUUGGAUGGACAUGAGGAAGUAGCAGCCUUCUUUGCACUCUGGGAAAUGUAGGAAAUCACUCAGUGAGGUAGAAGUGAACCAUGUAAGUCGGUAGAGCAGCCUUUUCUUUUUACGACAACACAUCUGAGGUUCAGACAGAAAGCAGCCCCUCGUCCUCUUUUCAGCCGGGACUCCCGGGCUGCUGGUUCUCUGUUGUGACUCUUUCUCACUCCUGGAAAAAGCGGAAACCUAACCCAUCAAAGGACACUUGAGGAGCAGUUUAGGUUCACACUUCUGCCUUUGUAUAUUGUAUUUGUAUGUGGAGGGAUAAAAAGCUCUUUUAGAAACUCAGAACUUUGGCGAUGCCUCUGAUUAAUAUAAAUAUUUCUAUUGUAUUUCUUAAAAGCCUGUAGUUUAUUGGACCAGUAACGUCUUUCAGAAUGACCCCUUAAUGUUGUAACGAUAUUUAGGAAUGCCAAUAAAUGUAUGAAUUUGUUUAAUAAAAUAAUGUAUAGAAGAA